CCUGGCAGACAGACAGACAGACACACAGCGCAAGCCUCCCUCUUGUAGCCUGGUGUCCUGAUUCCGCUCUUGAGAGCUCCAUCUCUCUGAAGUUCCCCAGGGCUUCCCCCGCCCUGGCAAAGAAAGCCUCGCAAGAAAGGCGUGUCCUCCUUGUCAGGAUUGCUGCUGCUGCUGCUGCGGGAGGCAGCUCGGAGCUAUAAAAGCCCUGCUCAGAGGACGGCUUGGGCUUCACUCCCCGCCUCUGCUUGCUGCGAGAGCACCGAGGCCGUGCAGAGCCAAGCAGCGCCGCCGCCGCCUGCGUGCCUGGGGGCAAAAGAGAAAGCGAGCGAGCGAGCGGAGACGCGCAGCCACCGAGGGCGCCGGGCAAGCCCAAUGCGCGGACUAGGUGCCUUUGCAACAUGCAGGAGCUACACAUCAGCUAAACGGAGUUUGCACGCCGCUGCUGGGGCUGGAUUGCAGCGCUCUCUUUCCUUAUGAAGAAGGCACAAACUUGGAUUAUCACUUGCUUUUAUCUUCAGCUGCUCCUCCUUAAUCCUCUUAUCAGAGCCCAAAGUCCCUGCGGGAAUCCUGUGACGGAUGAUGUGUAUGACAUUGCAAAACUGGUUGGAAAUCUUCCAAAUGAUUAUAUGAUAACCCUUAAAUAUGUCCGGAAGAUGGACAGUCUGCCUAAUCAUUGUUGGUUGUAUCUGAUGGUUCCUGAAUUGUCAGCGAGUCUGAAUAAUCUUCUGCACAGAUUUAAAGACUUUUCAGAUAUGUCAGAUGUCUUAAGUAAUUACUCAAUCAUCAAUAAUCUCACAAGGAUCAUCAAUGAUCUAAUGGCAUGCCUGUCUACUAAUAAAAAUAAGAACUUUAGAAAAUAUAAUGACCAUCUUUAUGAAGAAGGUAAAUUCUUUCCAGAAGAGUUCUUUAAGCACUUUAAUAGCACUAUUGAUGUCUACAAAAGCAUUGCAAAAGCACCAGAACAGAGCGACUGUGUUCUGCUUUCGGCAACAGAGCCCUCCCCAAAUGAUGCCGGCAACAGUGUCACAGAGCCCAUUUUGUUACAUCCUGUUGCUGCCAGCUCUCUUAAGAAUGACAGCAGUGGCGAUAGCAGCGAGCACGCAGAGUUGGGUUUCCUCAACAGUGCCAGCAUGCAUGGAAUCAGCAUAGCACUAACAGGGCUGGUGACUCUUCUUAUUGGCUUUCUUUUGGGAGCUCUGUGCUGGAAGAAAACAACCCGCAAACACUUUUCAGAAAGUGACCAGAAUACAGAAUCAAACAUCUGCCAAGAGGAUAACGAAAUAAGUAUGCUGCAGCAAAAAGAGAAAAUACUUCUACAGGUGUAGCUGUUGCUUUUUUAUAUAUAUACACUGUUACUGUUUCAUGUCUUGGCAGCUAACAGUUCCAUGUUUGCUUCAUAAAUGAAGCAGCUUUAAGCAUAUUUGUAUUCCUUCUGGAGUGACAGACUGAGUCUGCAUCUGUUGUUGUUGCCCGUGACUCCAUAUUGAGAAUAUAGAGCUGUGGACAAAGAGUGUGCUACUGUGAAACCAACGUUGAAUUAAACAUCAAAGAAGAGUCUGCACUGAAAUGGACUGUAUUUUUAUAUUCAGACAGAUUUGUUUCUUUGCAUCUUCAAAUUUGCAGUGGAAUUUCGCGAAUGCAUGAACAAGUAAUUCUGGAUUUAUGUGAUCCAACUCCAAAAGUCAUCAGGAAAUUUGCAUUUUGUGUACAAAAGGAGACUCUGAAUGGGAGAAAAACACAGAAAUUAACGAGAAUACAAAUCUUCAGCACUGUACAUAAGACUUGCAAGUAAGGUUAUGCAGUGGACUAAUGUGCUAGCUUUAUUUCAUCGGUGGAACUGGGUUCAUAUUAAAUAAGAUUGGAUAUCUGUCGAGCUGUAAGUGAAAUUUUAUUCCAUGUCACAGAAAACAAACAUACACUUUGGCAAAGCUGUUAAUAUCCAUCAAGGAGAAGUAAACACUGGAUCUUGAAAAUGGGGCAAUUGGAAUAGAAUGGAACAUUGAUUGCCUGAUGUUGGGGAGACUCCUAUUAAUGUUCCAGUGAGAAAAUGGAGAGAGAGAAAAGAAGUCAGCUUCAGGAAUAAAAAAAAUGCCAUGAUGUCUAUUUAAAAUGCAUAUAAACAUGCAAUUUUGUUCUUGACAUUUGCAAAAAAAUCAUGUCAUCUCGAAGAUACUAAGGUUUAGUUUAGCUUUUACUGUAUGCCAUUUCAUAUUUGCAAAUGAAUUUUAAAAGUAAUACACUUUUCAUCACUUAGCCUUCUCCAUCAAUUAUUAUAUUAGUUCAGCUCAAAUAAAAAAAGAGAAAACUUUCUUAAUAGUUGUCAGCCUCUUGAUAUUAUUUGUAACAAAGCUGUGGACAACAAAUCCAAGACUGAAAAUAACCUGCUAUUCAUAAAUUUAAAAGAGGGUGCUAAAAGUUAAUCAGAGCCCAUAUAGAAUUUACUUAAGUUAUUAUUAUUUCCGGAAGAGAUAUUCACAGGAUAUUGUAUUCUGUGAAACAGCUGGGUUGCUCUACAUUCCAAGCUACUAAUCCAAUAAUAACCUUAAACUAUAAUCUUAACUAUUGUUAAACUAAAAGUUUAACUAUUGUUAAAAUGCUCAUUUACAACGCAGUGAUUAAAUUACCUAUGCUUAAGGGAUACUUUAUUUAAAAGAUUUUCACAUAUUUAUUUAUUUUUCAUAUAUGUCACAGACUCUUAGAAAUAAUAUAUGAAAAGCUAUAGAAUGUAUUUAGGAUAGAUUUAAAAAUAACACAAAUCUGGCAUUCCUAAAAUCUCUGUCCUGUUAUUUUUUUUGGCUGGUAUCGAAGCCAAAUGACAGCAUACGUACUACCGAAACCAUUUGAAGUAAUUAGGAUGAGAUCAGUGUGUCUGGCUGUUAACCAGAAGGUUGGUGGUUGGAGCCUACCCAGGGAUGGAUGGCUUUGAGCAGGAUUCCUGCAUUGCAGGGCAUUGGACUAGAAGACCCUUGGGGUCCCUUCCAAUUCUACAAUUCUAUGAGGCAUAUUUGGGAUGCAUGUUGCAGUCCAAAUGACAGAGCUGAUCUGUUGAGCUGGCUUGAUGAUGCCCAGGACCACCAGCUUCUAUCUGUGACUAUAGCCCAUAGCUAGAUCAGAGCCUACAAUUGUGACUGUCCAUCUUUAGAGUCAGAAAAUCAUGAAAAUCUCUGUGCAACCUAAAGAUAUGGGAAGAUCUGCUUGAAUGUAGCUCUAGUGCAGGCCCCGACAAGGUAGAAACUAGAGCCUCAGUCAAUAGUAACAUGCCUCAGUAAAUCACUAUGCACACCAUAAACAUGUACAACAUUUCACAUUCCAGUAAGUGUUCUGGAACACAGUUGUGGAUGCAAUAUCCGAAACCUGCUUUUUUUAAAAAAAAAAAAAUUCAGAAGGGAACAAAGGACCCAUUUGUUGCUUGAUUAAAAUGGCUUUAAAGGUAACGUUGCAUACUUGUUGGAAACUGCAGUACAUAUUGUGCAAAGAUUCAUUUAUACUGCAGGGUUUAUAACAAUGCCACAUUCUUUUUCCCUUCCCAAAAAAACAGAACGAGACAAAUUUAAGGUCAAGAGGCAUUUACAGAGCCAAUGAAAAAUUCCAAGUAUAAUCCUACUGGCCUUACCAUGCUUGCAUAACAAUCAUUGUUCUCGCUUUGAAUGUAAAUAACCUCCAUUAGCACAAAGUGGAAUACCAUCCCAUCAAAACUAAAGCUGAAUAAUCAUUUUGACAGUGAGUAGCAUUUCCUUGGCAUUUUAUGCUUAAGACAGUUGACUGAGUGGUUUGGGCCAUCUCAGUUGAAUGUCACAAAGAUGAAAUAUCUGGAGACUACUUCACUACUUAGGAUUACCAUUUGGCAACCUAAUCUUUGAAAACUGUAAUGGGAUGGAUAUCUCCAUCCGAGGAAGAGCAAUCUUUUGGAUCCAAAUUCAGUUUGUUUAUUUGGUACCUAAAUUUGGUUGUGGACAUAGCUCAUUUCUCUUUUAUUGUGAUAUUAAAAUGAUUCGUGGCCAGAUUUUGAAUUCUGGAAUUUUCAAAGUGACUACUAUUGAGUUUAAGGGCAUGACUCCACCAGAAAGGUAAAAUUGGUGUCUUUGUGCCAGAAUUGGGAUCCAGCCAGGUCACAGCCAGGACUUUGGGCAACAAGGCAAAUAGUUCAGAGCGGCCACAUUAUCUGACUUUUUUUUAGUAAUGAGUUAGCUGUUCUUCAUGGGAAGUAGAGCAUGGCUGUCUAGCUUUCAUGAGUCACAGAGCUCUGUUUUAGAUUCAACAGUGCCAAUCACUGUGUGUGCGAUGUCGCAGCUCCAAGUGUUUCGUGAAGGGAUCAUUCACAACAGCAUGGAGAAGGGGCAAACACUCUUUGAAAGAAAAAAAGAGAGGUGGGAAGCUGGCUUAGCACAUACGGAAGAUCACUUAAUGCAGAUUAAUCACUCCAAUACCAUUUAAGAAUUCAGUUAAAUUCAGAAUCUGGAUGGGUGAACUUCCUCUGUCUUCUCAAUGCAUAGUUAGCAGUAGACUGAGGAUAUGAAUCAGUUUUUGUGUGGGCAGAACCCCAGCGGGGUUUUCUUUUGUGCUUAUGAGUUCUUUUGGAUUGUUGAUCACUGAGUAUAAGGGUAGGAGCCACCAUUAUCAUUCAGAUAAAAACCUUUUUAAACAUCC